UUCUUUGACUUUGCUACCCUAAAAACCUUCAAGCUUGAUUAUCUUAUUCUUAUCUCGUAUGAACACCAAUUGACGAUACAAAAUUCUUCGUCCUUUUCCAUGAAAAUUUGCGAACAUUUUAGCUUUAGUUCACAAGCAAAGUUCUCAACAUAAAUCGAAAGUGUUGAUGUUGACUGUUUAGUGCUAAUCCUUGUAUCGUCUUUUUGGUUUAUGAUUAGAUUACAGAAUUCAUUGUACAAUAAUUUCCGUUCUGAAUCGAUCGCAUUCCGAAGAUUAUCUUAUUUUAGGGCUAGGAGUUCGAAGAAGGAUUCGCGAAAAAUGGCACCUCCAAUCCUAUCUUUAGCUUUACCAUCGGAAACGGGUCGGGUUCUCAGCAUUCAGUCUCACACUGUUCAGGGUUAUGUUGGCAAUAAGUCUGCUGUCUUUCCACUCCAAUUACUAGGUUAUGAUGUUGAUCCGAUUAUGUCAGUGCAAUUCUCAAAUCAUACAGGAUAUCCAACUUUCAAAGGACAAGUUCUAAAUGGAAAACAACUUUGGGAGUUAAUAGAAGGCCUAGAGGCCAAUAAUCUACUACACUACACACAUCUAUUGACUGGUUACAUUGGUUCAGUUUCUUUUCUGGAAAAUGUAUUAGAAGUAGUUAAAAAGCUUCGAUCCAUUAAUCCUAAUCUUACAUAUGUUUGUGAUCCAGUGAUGGGUGAUGAAGGAAAGUUGUAUGUCCCUCAAGAAUUGGUGUCAGUAUAUCGUGAAAAGGUUGUCCCUAUUGCUUCAAUGUUGACUCCCAAUCAGUUUGAAGCUGAACAGUUGACUGGAUUGAAAAUUGCAUCUGAGCAAGAUGGGAGGGAAGCAUGCAGGCAUCUUCAUGCUGCUGGCCCAUCAAAGGUUGUGAUAACAAGCAUAUCCAUAGAUGGCAAUCUUCUUCUAAUUGGAAGUCAUCAGAAACAAAAGGAUCAAUCUCCUCUCCAAUUCAAGAUUGUUAUCCCUAAAAUCCCUGCAUAUUUCACAGGAACAGGAGACUUGAUGACUGCAUUAUUACUUGGAUGGAGCAAUAAAUAUCCUGAAAACCUAGACAAAGCAGCAGAACUUGCUGUAUCAAGCUUACAAGCUGUUUUGAGUCGAACAUUAGAGGAUUAUGAGAAGGCAGGACAAGGAGAGGCCUCAGAUGAUGAUGAUGGAGAUGAAGAGUCUUCUAAAACUUCUAUCUCCGACAAGAAGGGAGGCGGCUGUGACUGUCCAGAUCUAAGAAGACAUACAUCCUCGCAGACAUGGGCUAGUCACUUCAAAAUAAGCCUUUUGUUUUAUCGGCGCCUCCAAUUCUUCCGACUUCCCACCCUCGAAGCCUCCCUGCUUCGCUCCAGCACCGUUCGAUCGUUCCUCAUCUCCGAUCAGAAUCGCCGCCCUCUUCUCCGAUCGCAGGACCUCCUCUCCGGUCGCAGGCGAAGAAUAGCUUCUCCGAUUUCCACUGAAAACGAACAGAUUUCUUGUUGA